AUGGCAGUGGAGAAGCGCUUGGCAUUCUCUAUUGUGCAGUUCCUGCGAGAUCAAACACACUGUGGUGCUUUGAAUUCCGAUGAGCAGGAAAGCCUCGAAGGUAGGUCAGCGUGGGAUCACUGUCUGUUCAAAGUUUUUGCUAAAACUGCUUAUAAAAUACUGCAUCCUGCUCUCUCCAAUUCAAGGUUUUGUAAACGCAUUUGGACUAUAAUAAUAUGUGCUCUAUGUUAUCUAAUGGACCUAUAACCAUAAUAUAAACAGUUCCAUUGAAUCGAAGCUACUCAAUGUUUACUAUUAUGUUAUUGCAACACUGUUUUUGCCCUUGUAGUUGCAAUACAAUGUUUGGAGACCACCUUCAAGAUCAACUCCAGUGACUGUCAUCUCGCAGCACCACAACCUCUCACGGAAAUAUUCCUCAACUCUCUCCUCAAGGUGGGAAGGUUACUCUCUGAUUCACUACCUUGUUUCAAACUCUUUUACUUAAACUACAACAUUCACCUGUCUGUGUGCAGUUCAUCAAUCAUGCUCAAAUCAGUUGUAACCUCACAAGGGUAGUAAACUACAAAUGGAAAGAUGUGUAUAAUGCUUGAUUGAUAAAUGUGACUGCAUUUCCUUAGAAUGACCAGAAUAACCUGGUGCUACCAGAGACAUCGCCAUCACCAGAAGACACAGAAAGGGCAGAACAGCUGAAGAAUGAAGGUACUUGACACUGUUUGAAUAUGUAAUGUAGACUUCUGAUAAAUACACGUUGCAUAAGUUCAAAUGUACUACAGUUUGUUCCCAUAGUGACAUUGUUUUGUAAUUUUGUAGUAACAUUUGUCAGUAGAUGUGAUCUGAUCAUAAGACUGGCAUUAUCUCAAAAAGCGAAACCUCCAUUUCAUACGCAGGGAACAAUCAUAUGAAAGAGGAGAACUACAGCUGUGCGGUGGAGUGUUACACAAAAGCCAUUGAUUUAGACCUCCGAAACGCUGUCUACUACUGUAACAGGUACACACAACCACUUCUGAAAUGGUCAAGAUUUAACACUGUACUCAAAUGAGAAAUGCAUAACAUAUGUGUAACACCUAUAUUAUAUAUGUAUGUCUAUUACACCUAUAUAAGUCACUAUUGUUGUGAACAGUUGAAGUAUAACUCUUACGAUAGACUUGUUUCAUGCAUACACAAUGCAGUCAUAAUUGCUGUAUGUUUGAGCUGAAAGACAUGGCACACAACAGCCUUGCGUGCCUCUUGUCAGACAUACAGUAGGUCUGGUGAACCAGACUACUAGCUAUAGGCACACAAAGCUGCUGCAGCCUUUGCAUGCCUUAUUGAUCUGAGUGCUAAUAAAUGAACCAGAGCGUCUGGUUGUGUGACUGGCUGUUUCUGUUAUCAUCACCGCAGGGCUGCAGCACACAGUAAAUUGGGGAACUACACAGAGGCAACGGGAGACUGUGAAAGGGCCAUAGGGAUCGACCCCAGCUACAGUAAAGCCUAUGGGAGAAUGGGGUGAGUUAGACAUGGGAGAGGAGUGGAAAUGUCUGGUCUUGAUUUAGUUUAGUUAAUUAUUUUGACAAUUUUAAAAACAAGCACACAUAAAGUGAGGGAAAAAAGUAUUUGAUCCCCUGCUGAUUUUGUACGUUUGCCCACUGACAAAGACAUCAGUCUAUAAUUUUAAUGGUAGGUUUAUUUGAACAGUGAGACACAAUAACAACAACAAAAAUCCAGAAAAACGCAUGUCAAAAUGUUAUAAAUUGAUUUGCAUUUUAAUGAGGGAAAUAAGUAUUUGACCCCUCUGCAAAACAUGACUUAGUAUUUGGUGGCAAAACCCUUGUUGGCAAUCACAGAGGUCAGACGUUUCUUGUAGUUGGCCACCAGGUUUGCACACAUCCCAGGAGGGAUUUUGUUCCACUCCUCUUUGCAGAUCUUCUCCAAGUGAUUAAGGUUUCGAGGCUGACGUUUGGCAACUCGAACCUUCAGCUCCCUCCACAGAUUUUCUAUGGGAUUAAGGUCUGGAGACUGGCUAGGCCACUCCAGGACCUUAAUGUGCUUCUUCUUGAGCCACUCCUUUGUUGCCUUGGCCGUGUGUUUUGGGUCAUUGUCAUGCUGGAAUACCCAUCCACGACCCAUUUUCAAUGCCCUGGCUGAGGGAAGGAGGUUCUCACCCAAGAUUUGACGGUACAUGGCACCGUCCAUCGUCCCUUUGAUGCGGUGAAGUUGUCCUGUCCUCUUAGCAGAAAAACACCCCCAAAGCAUAAUGUUUCCACCUCCAUGUUUGACGGUGGGGAUGGUGUUCUUGGGGUCAUAGGCAGCAUUCCUCCUCCCCCAAACACAGCGAGUUGAGUUGAUGCCAAAGAACUCCAUUUUGGUCUCAUCUGACCACAACACUUUCACCCAGUUCUCCUCUGAAUCAUUCAGAUGUUCAUUGGCAAACUUCAGACGGCCCUGUAUAUGUGCUUUCUUGAGCAGGGGGACCUUGCGGGCGCUGCAGGAUUUCAGUCCUUCAUGGCGUAGUGUGUUACCAAUUGUUUUCUUGGUGACUAUGGUCCCAGCUGCCUUGAGAUCAUUGACAAGAUCCUCCCGUGUAGUUUUGGGCUGAUUCCUCACCGUUCUCAUGAUCAUUGCAACUCCACGAUGUGAGAUCUUGCAUGGAGCCCCAGGCCGAGGGAGAUUGACAGUUAUUUUGUGUUUCUUCCAUUUGCGAAUAAUCGCACCAACUGUUGUCACCUUCUCACCAAGCUGCUUGGCGAUGGUCUUGUAGCCCAUUCCAGCCUUGUGUAGGUCUACAAUCUUGUCCCUGACAUCCUUGGAGAGCUCUUUGGUCUUGGCCAUGGUGGAGAGGUUGGUGUCUGUUUGAUUGAGUGUGUGGACAGGUGUUUUUUCUACAGAUAAUGAGUUCAAACAGGUGCAGUUAAUACAGGUAAUGAGUGGAGAACAGGAGGGCUUCUUAAAGAAAAACUAACAGGUCUGUGAGAGCCGGAAUUCUUACUGGUUGGUAGGUGAUCAAAUACUUAUGUCAUGCAAUAAAAUGCAAAUUAAUUACUUAAAAAUCAUACAAUGUGAUUUUCUGGAUUUUUGUUUUAGAUUCCGUCUCUCACAGUUGAAGUGUACCUAUGAUAAAAAUUACAGACCUCUACAUGCUUUGUAAGUAGGAAAACCUGCAAAAUCGGCAGUGUAUUGUCACGAUCGUCGACUGAAGACACGGACCAAGGCGCAGCGUGAUAAGCGUACAUUCUUUAUUUUAACGUACUUAACGACAAAAACAACAAACGAUACGUGAAGUCCUGAGGUUACAACAAAACAAACCUUACGGAACAAGAUCCCACAAAUACUAGUGCAACACAGGCUGCCUAAGUAUGGUCCCCAAUCAGAGACAACGAGCUACAGCUGCCUCUGAUUGGGAACCACCCUGGCCAACAUAGAUCUAAACGAACUAGAACGAAAACAUAGAAAAACUAAACAUAGAAAAAUCCACACCCUGGCUCAACCUUUAAGAGUCCCCAGAGCCAGGGCAUGACAUGUAUCAAAUACUUGUGCUCCCCACUGUAUCUUUUGAGGAAUAUGAUAUUGCUUUUUGGGACUGUUUAAGGAGCAAUAGCUGUUGACUGGUAUGGUUCGAAUGAGAUGAUAGAACAAGAAUAUGGCUUGAAAAUAGUCAUUAUUUUGCUGGUAUGGUUCGAAUGAGAUGAUAGAACAAGAAUAUGGCUUGAAAAUAGUCAUUAUUUUGCUCAGGAGUUAAACUCACUGCACUGCUCCAAUGUCUCUUAUACCGUGUUUCUCUAGAUUGGCAUUGACUGCUAUGAAUAAGUACCCAGAGGCCAUCUCCUACUUUAAGAAAGCUCUGGUUUUAGAUCCAGAGAAUGACACCUACAAAUCCAACCUGAAGAUCGCUGAGCAGAAACAAAAAGAGGCAUCCAGUCCUGUAAGUAGUGCUGCUGAAGUUUUUAACUCAAUUUCACAUUUCAAAGGUCAUUCUUAGCAUAAACACUGCAUGUAAUAAUGUCAUUACUCCCCUACAAAUACUGUCACUACACCUCCAAGAAUAGACACUUUAUUUACAUUUGAACUAAACUUUCAGAAUGAUUCUUCAUGUAUUACACUUAUCUUAUAUCCCACGGGUAUUCAAGUGUGUCAAGAUGUCCCAGUUGUGUCAACAGCCAGUGUUGGGGAGUAGUGAACUACAUGUAGUUCAACUAGUAAUUGAAUUACAUUUAGCAGUAGCUUGGGGGUAGUUGAACUAAAUUCAACUCUAGGUAGUGUUUAUUAGUAGUUAAUUUAUUUUUACCAUGUAGUGGUGUAGCUAACUACUGCAACUACACACUACUUUUUUCUUGAAAAUAAAAUAUGGGUGAAGUAGGCAAGAAUUUCCUUUCUUUUUCGGCGUCAGACAUGCCUAAUUAUUACUUGACACAUCAUUUUUGUGUUUAAUAGGCUAAAUUGCACAUUCUGUUGACAUCUGACUCCAGAGUGAUUUGUCUUGCAAUUUGUAGUCUAUAACAUUUCAGAUUUAGUAGUUUGGAUGUAGUGAACUACUUUUUCAAAGUAACUUUAGUUAAGUAAACUAUAUUUUUCUUAAGGGUAGCUUUAGUGUAGCUUAACUUCUUCCAGUGUAAAGUAAUUAGUAGCUUGUUAAACUAUAUUUUCAGAGUAGCUUCCCCAACACUGUCAACAGCUAUAUCAGACACGUUUAAUAUUACUGCUUUGAGCAGUGGUACAAAAUUAUAUCAUAUAUACGAACAUAUUUAUCUUGUCAGAUUUAGCUUAACGAAGCCUUUGAAUGUUUGCUUGUUACAGACGGCUACGGGACUGGGAUUUGACAUGGCCAGCCUUAUCAACAACCCUGCCUUCAUCAGCAUGGUAAGACUGAGAUUAGUGAUGGGCUGGAAUAAACAACUGCACACAGUAUACCUGGGUGGAAACAGAUUUAGUUUACUUUAAGGUACUUUAGGUGUGCUUACACGGUGCACCAGUUGUGGGAGGUGGGGGCAUGCACUUUAGGACUAUUCCAUUGGUUCCAUUACAGUGGGCAAGCUAAAUCAAAUUGAAAGAAAACUAAUACUAUAUUCGACCCAGGUCUGACGGACAUUGCAGUCCCUCCAGGGCCAAGGCCAUCCCUGGUCUAGACAAAUCCUAGACAUUGGUUCCUCAUACUUCUUUUAUGAGUGUUUGUGAUAUGGUUACUAGUGGAGAAUGCUUUAAAAAAUUGACCCCAUGCCUGACACAGUUGGCCUGGUAUUCCACCAAUGCCAUUGUCAAGGGGCCUGGGGACUUUUAAGGGGCUUAUCAUGGCUGGUUGAUUGAACAGUUGGCAGUAGGAAUGCCUGCCAGGCAGAGUGCAUGUCAUUAUAAGCAUACUGAUCCUUCAUGGCAGCAGCCAAACUGAGUCCUGAAUAGUUUUACUAGACAGCUAUGUAAUUGUUGUGAGUGCUAAGUAGCCAUGCUAUUAGAGAAUGAAUCUCGUUCCCCCUUAACACUGUUGUCUUUUUCACACAUUUAAAUGGGAGACAUGGUGAUUUUCUGCUUGCUUUGUGUGCGUUCACAGGCCGCCAGUGUGAUGCAGAACCAACAAGUGCAACAGCUGUGAGUGUUCUGCAUGUUUAAGCAGCAUACCCAGGGCUGUGUGGCUCAAUAGUGUGAAGCUACACCCUUUCCUCAGCUUUUCCUUAAUCUGCACUGAUUAUGAUAAAUAACCCCCACUCUCUGAGGGUGUCUCAGAGAGGUGGGAUAUGCAACAAACACAUUUCCAAUUCACACAUGCAUAUUAAUACACACUUGUGCGAAAAUAAGACAAAUGUAAGCCCCCACAAAAGUGUUAUUAUUAAAUAGAUGAAAGACACCCCACUAAAACUAUUGAGACAAAGCCCAUCAAGAUGUUUUAGUUUACAAAAAUACCCUCCAUCCCCCUAAUUCAUAAUGCUGUUAUCAUAGCUUGAAGUCAGAAUUUAGAAAUGACUGUUCAAUUAUGCUCAGAUGUUUUUGUUAAAAUGGCGUGUGACACGUUUAUAACUCUUUUGGGUUCUCUCUCGUCCUCUCUCUUUCUGUGGGCAGUAUGUCAGGGAUGAUGUCCAAUGCGGUCGGGGGUCCAGCAGCAGGGGUGGGAGGACUGUCGGACAUCUCCAGCCUGAUUGAAGCGUACGUCAGCACCACAAGGGUCAUGACUGUAACAAACACAGGGACUCUCUGCUCCUGACCUUAGGGCUCAAAUUGCACAUUUUAAAAAGCAACAGACAGAUCAAGGAUUACCUCAAAGUAAAGGCUCAAUUUUGGUCUAACGUUGUUUUUGCUCAGAAUUGUGAGGGACUCAAAGUAGCAUGCUUCAUCUAUCUGUAUUAUAAUCUACUUGACACAAGGACUACAUUAACCUGGUACAAUUGAAGUCGGAAGUUUACAUACACCUUAGCCAAGUACAUUUAAACUCAGUUUUUCACAAUUCCUGACAUUUAAUCCUUGUAAAAAUGCCCUGUCUUAGGUCAGUUAGGAUCACCACUUUAUUUUAAGAAUGUGAAAUGUCAGAAUAAUAGUAGAGAGAAUGAUUUCUUUCAGCUUUUAUUUCAUUCAUCACAUUCCCAGUGGGUCAGAAGUUUACAUACACACAAUUAGUAUUUGGUAGCAUUGCCUUUAAAUUGUUUAACUUGGGUCAAAUGUUUCGGGUAGCCUUCCACAAGCUUCCCACAAUAAGUUAGGUGAACUUUUGCCCAUUCCUCCUGACAGAGCUGGUGUAACUGAGUCAGGUUUGUAGGCCUCCUUGCUCGCACACGCUUUUUCAGUUCUGCCCACAAAUUUUCAAUAGGAUUGAGGUCAGGGCUUUGUGAUGGCCACUCCAAUACCUUGACUUUGUUGUCCUUAAGCCAUUUUGCCACAACUUUGGAAGUAUGCUUGGGGUCAUUGUCCGUUUGGAAGACCCAUUUGCAACCAAGCUUUAACUUCCUGACUGAUGUCUUGAGAUUCAAUAUAUCCACAUCAUUUUCCUUCAUCAUGAUGCCAUCUAUUUUGUGAAGUGCACCAGUCCCUCCUGCAGCAAAGCACCCCCACAGCAUGAUGCUGCAACCCCCGUGCUUCACGGUUGGGAUGGUGUUCUUCGGCUUGCAAGUACCCCCCUUUUCCUCCAAACAUAACGAUGGUCAUUAUGGCCAAACAGUUCUAUUUUUGUUUCAUCCAACCAGAGGACAUUUCUCCAAAAAGUACGAUCUUCAAAUCAAAUCAAAUCAAAUUUUAUUUGCCACAUGUGCCGAAUACAACAGGUGUAGACAUUACCGUGAAAUGCUUACUUACAGCCCUUAACCAACAAUGCAUUUAUUUUUUAAUAAAAAAGUAAAAUAAAACAACAACAACAAAAAAGUUUUGAGAAAAAAAGAGCAGAAGUAAAAUAAAAUAACAGUAGGGAGGCUAUAUACGGGGGGGACCGGUGCAGAAUCAAUGUGCGGGGGCACCUGCUAGUUGAGGUAGUUGAGGUAAUAUGUACAUGUGGGUAGAGUUAAAGUGACUAUGCAUAAAUCAUUAACAGAGUAGCAGCAGUGUAAAAAGAUUGGGUGGGGGUGGGGGGGCAGUGCAAGUAGUCCGGGUAGCCAUGAUUAGCUGUUCAGGAGUCUUAUGGCUUGGGGGUAGAAGCUGUUGAGAAGCCUUUUGGACCUAGACUUGGCACUCCGGUACCGCUUGCCGUGCGGUAGCAGAGAGAACAGUCUAUGACUAGGGUGGCUGGAGUCUUUGACAAUUUUGAGGACCUUCCUCUGACACCGCCUGGUAUAGAGGUCUGGAUGGCAGGAAGCUUGGCCCCAGUGAUGUACUGGGCCGUACGCACUACCCUCUGUAGUGCCUUGCGGUCGGAGGCCGAGCAGUUGCCAUACCAGGCGGUGAUGCAACCAGUCAGGAUGCUCUCGAUGGUGCAGCUGUAGAACUUUGAGGAUCUGAGGACCCAUGCCAAAUCUUUUCAGUCUCCUGAGGGGGAAUAGGCUUUGUUGUGCCCUCUUCACGACUGUCUUGGUGUGUUUGGACCAUGAUAGUUCGUUGGUGAUGUGAACACCAAGGAACUUGAAGCUCUCAACCUGUUCCACUACAGCCCUGUCGAUGAGAAUGGGGGCGUGCUCCGUCCUCUUUUUUUCCCUGUAGUCCACAAUCAUCUCCUUUGUCUUGGUCACGUUGAGGGAGAGGUUGUUAUCCUGGCACCACACGGCCAGGUCUCUGACAUCCUCCCUAUAGGCUGUCUCAUUGUUGUCAGUGAUCAGGCCUACCACUGUUGUGUCGUCGGCAAACUUAAUGAUGGUGUUGGAGUCGUGCCUGGCAUGCAGUCAUGGGUGAACAGGGAGUACAGGAGGGGACUGAGCACGCACCCGAGGGGCCCCCGUGUUGAGGAUCAGCGUGGCAGAUGUGUUGUUACCUACCCUUACCACCUGGGGGCGGCCCGUCAGGAAGUCCAGGAUCCAGUUGCAGAGGGAGGUGUUUAUUCCCAGGAUCCUUAGCUUAGUGAUGAGCUUUGAGGUUACUAUGGUGUUGAACGCUGAGCUGUAGUCAAUGAAUUGCAUUCUCACGUAGGUGUUCCUCUUGUCCAGGUGGGAAAGGGCAGUGUGGAGUGCAAUAGAGAUUGCAUAAUCUGUGGAUCUGUUGGGGCGGUAUGCAAAUUGGAGUGGGUCUAGGGUUUCUGGGAUAAUGGUGUUGAUGUGAGCCAUGACCAGCCUUUCAAAGCACUUCAUGGCUACAGACGUCAGUGCUACGGGUCGGUAAUAAUUUAGGCAGGUUAUCUUAGUGUCCUUGGGCACAGAGACUAUGGUGGUCUGCUUGAAACAUGUUGAUAUUACAGACUCAGUCUGGGACAUGUUGAAAAUGUCAGUGAAGACACUUGACAGUUGGUCAGCACAUGCUCGGAGUACACGUCCUGGUAAUCCGUCUGACCCUGCGGCCUUGUGAAUGUUGACCUGCUUAAAUGUCUUACUCACAUCGGCUACGGAGAGCGUGAUCACAUAGUCAUCCGGAACAGCUGGUGCUCUCAUGCAUGCUUCAGUGUUGCUUGCCUCGAAGCGAGCAUAGAAGUGGUUUAGCUCGUCUGGUAGGCUUGUGUCACUGGGCAGCUCGCGGCUGUGCUUCCCUUUGUAGUCUGUAAUAGUUUUCAAGCCCUGCCACAUCCGACGAGCGUCAGAGCCGGUGUAGUACGAUUCAAUCUUAGUCCUGUAUUGACUCUUUGCAUGUUUGAUGGUUCGUCUGAGAUAAUAGCGGGAUUUCUUAUAAGCGUCCGGGUUAGAGUCCUGCUCCUUGAAAGCGGCAGCUCUACCCUUUAGCUCAGUGCGGAUGUUGCCUGUAUUCCAUGGCUUCUGGUUGGGGUAUGUAUGUACGGUCACUGUGUCCCCAUGUGCAGUUGCAAACCAUAGUCUGGCUUUUUUAUGGCGGUUUUGGAGCAGUGGCUUCUUCCUUGCUGAGCGGCCUUUCAGGUUAUGUCGAUAUAGGACUUGUUUUACUGUGGAUAUAGAUACAUUUGUACCUGUUUCCUACAGCAUCUUCACAAGGUCCUUUGCUGUUGUUCUGGGAUUGAUUUGCACUUUUCGCACCAAAAUACAUUCAUCUCUAGGAGACAGAACGCGUCUCCUUCCUGAGCGGUAUGACAGCUGCGUGGUCCCAUGGGGUUUAUACUUGCGUACUAUUGUUUGUACAGAUGAACGUGGUACCUUCAGGCGUUUGGAAAUUGCUCCCAAGGAUGAACCAGACUUGUGGAGGUCUACAAUUCUUUUUCUGAGGUCUUGGCUAAUUUCUUUUGAUUUUCCCAUGAUGUCAAGCAAAGAGGCACUGAGUUUGAAGGCAGGUCUUGAAAUUCAUCCACAGGUACACCUCCAAUUGACUCAAAUUAUGUCAAUUAGCCUAUCAGAAGCUUCUAAAGUCAUGACAUCAUUUUUUGGAAUUUUCCAAGUUGUUUAAAGGCACAGUCAACUUCUGACCCACUGGAAUUGUGAUACAGUGAAUUAUAAGUGAAAUAAUCUGUCUGUAAACAAUUGUUGGAAAAAACACUUGUGUCAUGCAGAAAGUAGAUGUCCUAAUCGACUUGCCAAAACUAUAGCUUGCUAACAAGAAAUUUGUUGAGUAGUUGAAAAACAAGUUUUAAUGACUCCAACCUAAGUGUAUGUAAACUUCCGACUUCAACUGUAUGUAAAGCAGAGAAACCCUAAAUGCCAGCUCGUCUGGCCUCUGUUUGCAGUGGUCAGCAGUUUGCCCAGCAGAUCCAGCAGCAGAACCCAGAGCUGAUCGAACAGCUGAGGAACCACAUCCGCAGCCGCUCCUUCAGUGGCAGUGCUGAGGAGCACUCGUGAUCCACACAGGUCUGUGUACUACAACACAGCUCUUACAGGGUGCAUCUCCAUAGUCUAAAGAGGCUUCCCCUCCUCAAUCUGCUCUAAUGGAAUAGUGAAAAGCAACAUGGAGAUUGCGGUAGAUUUGCCUUCACCUGUCCAGUUAUAUCAAUAGCAGAGACCUAACAUUUGAUUGUAUGUGUGCUUUUGUUUUACCAGCAAUAGAUGGAUCAGGAUCUGGUUAUGAAUUACUUAAACUGUAAUUACAAUGUUGUUACACAAGGUGAAAAGGAUGUUCGAAUAACAUGAAUAUUUCUUCCCUUCAGCGUACGUUUCAAUAGAGGAAGGGCAACCAUAUGUCGUGAUUACAAUCUCUACACCCAUUCCUUAAACUCACAUCACCGGCAAAGCUGGAAUGAAGAGACAGGCGGAGAUGGGGACCAUGUUACUUUACUGUGACUGGAUCUUCAGAGAGGAGAGGAGAGAAGAGAAACAGUCUACACAUUCUACAUACGUAAUAAGAAGAGAGAGUAUCCAACACAUUCUAUGUUGAUACUCAAAUCAGGAAAUAGAGUUUCAACCGCAUUCUAGCCACCCAAUUACUUUCAAAAACAUUCCCACCAAUCAGCAGAAAGAAUAUUCUACACAGUUCGAGACGCAAUCAGGAGACAGUCUCAACUAAUUCUUUUAAAUAUCCAACCCAGUGCACAGCAAAUAUUUUAUCUUUCCUCAAUGAUGUUCC